AUGACAUUCGAUAUAACUAAAGCUUACUUAAAGUUCUUAGAAGAUGACUCUGAGUUGACUAUGCCUAUAGCUGCUAUCGAGUCUCUUGUAACUAUGCUCAGAGUGGAACAACCCGCCACUUCCUCGGAACUCAUCAAGUUGGUCAAAUCCAACAUUGAAGUACUUAAAUCAUCCAUUUCUAACGCUAUUUCACUUUCUGCUGGUUGUGAUUUGUUUAUGAGAUUUGUGUUGAGAAAUACAAACUUGUACGCCGACUGGGAAUCUUGUAAACGUAAUUUGGUUGAAAAUGGUGAAUUAUUUGUCCAACGUGCAAAGGAAAGUCGUUCCAAACUGGCGGAGUUUGGGAUUCCAUUUAUAAAAGAUGACGACACCAUUUUAGUGCAUUCCUAUUCUCGUGUUGUUUUCCAACUCUUACUUAGAGCCCGUCGUGAACGUUUCACCAGAUUCAGAGUCAUUGUAACAGAGUCCAGACCGACUGGGAAGGGUCAUCAUAUGAGAAAGCUUUUACAACAAGCUGAUAUCCCUGUUGAGCUCAUCGUAGACAAUGCAGUUGGUUAUGUUAUUCACAAGGUCGAUAAGGUGCUUGUUGGUGCCGAAGGUGUAGCUGAAAGUGGUGGUAUCAUCAACCAUAUUGGUCUGUACCAAAUUGGAUGUCUUGCCAAGGCCAACAACAAGCCAUUCUAUGUGGUUACAGAAUCCCACAAGUUUGUUCGUUUAUUCCCACUUUCACCUAAUGAUUUACCUGAAGAUAUCAGCCGCAUCAUCGAAGAAACUACCGACAGUAAGACUGAUGACGAAGACCUGGACCUUCUUGUCACUUCUCCAUUGAUUGAUUUCACUCCCCAUGAAUAUAUUACUGCUUUGAUUACAGACUUGGGUGUCCUUACUCCAUCUGCAGUUUCAGAAGAAUUGAUCAAGAUGUGGUACGAUUAG